AUGUCUAAUGCUGAAGAGUCUCAACCAUCAACAGUUCCUCAGAUAUCUGAUAGUGAACAUGCGGAUAAUUUAAAUAAACUUGCACAAAUGAAAGAUGGUGCCGUUGCAGAAACAGCUGAUUUAUUGAUGAAUAUAGAAACAAUAAUUACAAUGGCUAGUAAGAAACAAAUGGAAUUGGCACAGGCAUUUGAGGAUAAAAUUGAAAGUAUGUCUAAAAAGAUGGAGAGUAUUGAAAAAGCUAUGCAAUGUUUGAUGGAUAAAGUGUCUGAUGAUAAAAUGUAG